GAUCGUAGCUGACCGAUUUUCGAAUUAGGAUAAGUGGUCAAGGUGACGUGGGAUGUGCGAAACUCUCGGCCACCUACAUUUAUCAAGAUGGAAUCAUUGUAACUUUCGAUAGAGUUCAUUUCAGAUAGUAUACUUCAAGCGUCAAAUCGUGAAAGAAAAAGAACAAGAUCCACACUCGAAUUUGACCUUCAAUUCCAGCAUCCAACUCAUGCAUAUCAAAGGACUUGAACCUCGGCUCCAGUCUUGCUCUGGUGCUAGUAUGUCUGUGAUGAUUGUUCACACUCGUUGGAACCUUGCCAUUGUUCAAAGUUUGGUUGACGGUGCCAAAACCCAGCUGCUGGCUCUUGGUGUCAACCCAGAUAACAUUGCAACAUACGAUGUGCCAGGCUCAUUCGAGCUGCCACUGGCCACCAAGUCGCUUAUGAAGAAUAUGCGUAACAGAAAUGGAGAGCCCUACAAUGCGUGUAUCUCCAUUGGUGUUUUAAUCAAAGGAUCUACCAUGCAUUUUGAGUAUAUUUGCAAUGCUACUUCUCAGGGCUUGAUGCAGGUUGGUUUAGAUCUGGGCAAGCCUGUCAUCUUUGGAGUUCUGACUUGUGUAACCGAGCGUCAGGCAUUAGAAAGAGCUGGUAUGGUCGACGAUCCUGAAGUAUCGCAUAACCAUGGCAAGGAUUGGGCUACAGCCGCUGUUGAAAUGGUUCACUUGUGUUCCUGAUAGCUACACAAAUCAUGCUUUACAACUGUAUUCACAUAAAAUGGAAUACUAUAUUGCAGUAAUUGCUUUGGAAUAAACAAAUAUUCAUCAUCUUUUACUAC